GGACGAGAUUUUUAGUAGGCGAUGAGCAAGACAGAACAGUUACUCAGUAGGUGAUGGGGGCCGACAGCGGUCCAGAUGCCCCGGCGGCGGCUGCGGUCCCUUGGCGUAAAGUUCUGUACGAGCGCCAGCCGUAUCCAGAUAACUACGUGGACCCCAAAUUCCUCCAGGACCUCAAACGCAACGUGGGGGUCCGCCAGUACCGAUACUGGAGUGUGGUGAGAGAAGCGGGACUCGUGGCUCAGCAGGUGUCCUGCGUGUCGCUCUUCGUCACCUUGUGGUCCUACAUGGAGAAAGGCGACCUCCGUCCCGCCACUCUGCUGUGGAGCUGUCUGCUGUGCUCCCUGGUGGGCUACGGGCUUUAUAAGCUGCUGAGUGGUGGUGGAAGUACAACAAGCGGCGGCGACGACAGGACAUCACUGGCGGACCUCCAGAGCGCCGCCAUCUUCCUGUCCUUCACCUUUGGAUUCUCCCCUGUGCUGAAGACUCUCACAGAGGCCGUCAGCACAGACACGGUGUACGCCAUGUCCUGCGUGAUGCUGCUGGCCCACCUCAUCUCCUUCCCGUACGACUCGCAGCCGGAGCCGAGCCCGCCCGGCAGCCUGUCCCUGAACGCCGCCCUCUUCGCCUCCGUCUGCCUCGCCUCGCGCCUCCCGGGAGCGCUGCACACCUUCGCCAUGCUGACCUGCGCCCUGCUGGUCUUCGCCCUGUGGCCCUGCGUGCUGCACCGGCUCCGAGAGAAGGCCCCCCGCUGGACGUUCCCCUGCAUCGCCGCCCUUGUGUCGUGCGGUGGGGUUGCGAGUUUGGCUAGUUUGUGGCCCGCGGGGGCCCUCCUGCUGUCGCUGGGCCUGGGGACCCUGACCCUGGUGUGUCCCCUGCUGCUGGUGCGGCUGCAGAGGCACAAGGACAACAUCCAGGGGCCGUGGGACGAGGCCGAGAUCCGGGAGGACCUGUCACAUGACCUGUCUCACUUCCUCAGUUGAAAUCCGGGAAGACCUGUCACAUGACCUGUCACAUGACCUGUCACAUGACCUGUCACAUGACCUGUCGCACUUCCUCAGUUGAGAUCCAGGAAGACCCGUCACAUGACCUGUCACAUGACCUGUCACAUGACCUGUCUCACUUCCUCAGUUGAAAGACAUGAUGACGCUGAGUGCGUUACAAUAUGCGGCCUUGCCUCCUCCACUUGUGCUUGUCUCCUCUCGCCCCGCCUCCUGGCCCCUCCUCCGUGGAGAAUAGGAUAAAAGUUUCCCAUCUGUCAGCCUCGCCAUAUCAACUUAGCCAUAACAACUUAGCCAUAACAACUUAGCCAUAACAACUUUGUCUUAUUUUUUGGGGGCUUUUCAGCCUUUUAUUGUGUUUUUUGUGAGACAGGAUGGUGGAGGAGAGACAGGAAGUGAGCUGGGAGAGAGAGAUGGGGGAGGACCGGCAAAGGACCCGGACCGGGAAUUGAACCCGGGUCGGCCGAGUGGUAAACGUGUGCCCUACCAUAUCAGCCACGGUAGGGCCAGCCACAACAACUUUUGAGGGACUGUUUUUCAGUCACCAUCCCAAUUGCACAUGAGAAAAAUAUUUUACAAUUGAGCUUUUGCAAGAUAUUGAAAUAUGAUGUUGUUGUCAGUGAUGUCAUCAUGACAUAUUACUUCCUGGUACGAGGAGACAAGCACAAGUGGAGGAGGCAAGGCCGCAUAUUGUAACGCACUCAAGCACAAGUGGAGGAGGCAAGUGUAGGAGACAAGGUCGCAUAUUGGAACGCACUCAAUAUUAGCCGACAUCUCAUCAACUGCCACGCUUGACGCCGGGCGGCACGGUGGCACACUAAAAGGGCUCAUAUUUAUUUAAUGAAAUGUUUUUUUGUUGCUUGUUGGGAAUGUAUUCAGAUGAAAUCAUGUGUUGUGAGUACAUAUGAAGUGUUAUUAUUGCACUGAUGCCAUCUCUCCUCUCAGGGAUGAGCACAAGAGAACACUCCCAUGGGAAAGAGGAUCUUACUCUGUUCAGGAGCGUACCUAUGUUCCCCGGGUCCUAUGUUCCCCGGGUCCUAUGUUCCCCUGUCUUUGUAUGGGAACGGGGAACAUAGGACCCUUUUUAAAAAAAAAGAAAAAAAAAGGGUUCUAUGUUCCCCACAUUCUAUGGUUCCAAGUUUUCAAAUUGUGCCCUUCCCAAAACCAUCCCUAAACCUAAACUGUCAGAAAUCCAAUGUUUCUGAGUUGUACAUUUGCGCCCUGACCAAAACUAUCCCUAAACCUAACCUGUCAGAGGUGCAACAGCAACCUGCGCUUUGCCAUGCGACAGCAGUCUUCUUGGAAGCAGUGGGGAACAUAGAACCCUUUUUUGAACAUAGGGACGUAGGACCCAGGGAACAUAGGGAUGACCCCCUCUGUUUUUAUCCAAACUGCUCUGUGGCGACGAGACUGGCAGUGAAUCUGUUGCUUGUAUGUGUUGAAAAGUUGGUUAAUAUUGUCAAUGAUUUCAGUAUUUAUCAUGGGAUUGCAUUUGUUAACAUAUUCAUAUUUUUUCAAACUUUACAAAAUAAACACUUUUUGUAUA